AUGGGCAACAAAUCAAGUAGUAAAGGCAAAAAAGAUCCGACUAUAUUAACUGAAGAAGAUAUGAAAAUAUUAAAAGACAAUACUAAAUAUUCAGAAGAACAAAUUCAAGCAUGGCAUACUGGUUUUCUUAAAGAUUGUCCGUCGGGUAAACUAGAUAAAAAACAAUUUCUUAAUGUUUAUAAGAAAUUUUAUCCGGAGGGUAAAGCUGAUAAAUAUUGUAAUUUUGUAUUUAAAGCAUUCGAUACAGACAAUAAUAAUUGGAUUGAUUUCACUGAAUUCUUACAAGCUGUUGGUGUAUCUCAACAUGGAAGUCUUCGAGAAAAAUUAGGAAUGGCUUUUGAUAUUUAUGAUCAAAAUAAAGAUGGACAAAUAAAUCGUAAAGAUAUGAUUAAAAUAAUCGAAGCUAUGUAUGAUUUAGCUAAUGAAGAAGAUCGUACUGGUGAUAAAGCACCUGAUAAACGUGUUAACCUUAUUAUGCAACGUUUCAGUAAAGAUAAAGCUGAUGUAGUUCACCGUACUGAAUUUAUUGAAGGUUGUCUUCGAGACGAACUUUUACGUAAAAUUCUUGCACCUAAUACGGCUCUUGAUGCAGAAGGAUUCACUUCUACUACAACGACUGUCACAACUGUUCCAAUAUAUAAAACAACAUCAAUUAAUGAAACGGGUGCAGCCGUUUAA